UCUCUGUCUAUCCUCCUCCCUCCUCCUGCUCCGGGCGGAGCCCGGCAUGGGGGGGCCGGCGCCCGGCAGGCCAGUGGAUCCGGGACCCAGGGAGGGCCGUCCCCCGGGCCUGGUGGCACUGAGCAGGGCCCCCCAGCCCCCACCUCCUGCCCCACGACAUGAACCUCCUCUACCGAAAAACCAAGCUGGAGUGGAGGCAGCACAGGGAGGAGGAGGCCAAGAGGAGCUCCAGUAAGGAGGGGGCUCCUGCAGGCCCAGCGGGACCUGGGACAGGCCCGGGGCCUGGAGUCCGAGUGCGGGACAUCGCUUCUCUGCGUCGCUCCCUCAGGAUGGGCUUCAUGACGAUGCCCGCCUCCCAGGAGCACACCCCACACCCCUGCCGCAGCGCCAUGGCCCCACGCUCACUCUCCUGCCACUCUGUAGGCAGUAUGGACAGCGUGGGGGGUGGGCCUGGGGAUGGCGGUGGGGGUCUCACGGAUGACAGCAGUGCCCGAAGACCCCCAGCCAAGCCCCGGAGACACCCCAGCACAAAGCUCAGCAUGGCAGGGUCAGGGACAGAGGUGCCUCCCAGCAAGAAAGCAGGCUCACAGAAGCCCACCCCUGAAAGCCGAGAGUCUAGCCGGAAGGUCCCUCCACAGAAGCCCAGGCGGAGUCCCAACACCCAGCUCUCUGUCUCCUUCGAUGAGUCCUGCCCCCCAGCCCCUUCUUCUCGAGGGGGGAACCUGCCUCUCCAGCGCAUCAGCAGGGGGUCCCGCGGAGCUGGAGACCUUGAUGUGGGCACCCAGGAAGAAGAGCCUGUGUACAUCGAGAUGGUGGGAGAUGUCUUCAGAGGAGGAAGAAGUGGAGGAUGUCUCACGGGGCCGCCUCUUGGAAGUGGGGGCCCAACCCCUCCAGCGGGCCCCGACUCGGACUCUGAAGAGAGCGAGGCCAUUUAUGAAGAGAUGAAAUACCCGCUGCCCGAGGAGACGGGGGAAGGCCGGGCCAAUGGGGCCCCUCCACUGACGGCAACUUCCCCACCACAUCAACCUCAUGUCCUACAGCCCCACGCCCACCGCCGUCCAGCUUCAGCCCUUCCAAGCCGGAGGGAUGGGACACCCACCAAGGCCACUCCUUGUGAAAUUCCCCCACCUUUCCCCAACCUCCUUCAGCAUCGCCCUCCACUCCUGGCCUUCCCCCAAGCCAAGUCAGCUUCCCGAACCCCUGGCGAUGGGGUCUCAAGGCUACCAGUCCUCUGCCACACCAAGGAGCCAGCGGGCUCCACCCCAGCUCCCCAAGUGCCUGCCCGGGAGCGGGAGACGCCUCCCCCACCGCCUCUGCCUCCUGCUGCCAACCUCCUGCUGCUGGGACCAUCGGGCCGGGCCCGGAGCCACUCCACACCGCUGCCACCCCAGGGCUCUGGCCAGUCCCGGGGCGAGCGGGAGCUCCCCAACUCCCACAGCAUGAUCUGCCCCAAGGUGGUGGGGGCGCCGGCAGCCCCCCCUGCCCCAACCGCCUUGCUCCCCGGGCCCCCCAAGGACAAGGCCGUGUCUUACACCAUGGUGUACUCGGCAGUCAAGGUGACCACGCACUCUGUGCUGCCAGUGGGUCCACCCCUGGGUGCCGGGGAACCAAAGACUGAGAAGGAAAUCUCAGUUCUGCAUGGGAUGCUGUGCACCAGCUCGAGGCCUCCUGUGCCCGGAAAGUCCAGCCCCCACAGUGGGGCCAUCAGCACAGCCACUGGAGUCCUUCACCACCGAGGCUGCCUCGCCUCACCCCACAGCCUUCCGGACCCAACUGCAGGCCCCCUGACACCCCUCUGGACUUACCCAGCCACAGCAGCUGGGCUCAAGAGACCCCCUGCCUACGAGAGCCUCAAGGCUGGGGGGUUGCUGAACAAGGGCUGCGGCGUGGGGGUGCCAUCCCCCAUGGUCAAGAUUCAGCUGCAAGAGCAAGGGGCCGAUGGGGGUGCCUUCGCCAGGAUCUCCUGUGCCCACGUCAUUGCCAGUGCAGGGACCCCAGAGGAAGAAGAGGAGGAAGAGAUGGGUGCCACGACAUUUGGGGCAAGCUGGGCUCUUCAGAGGAAGGUCCUGUAUGGAGGGAGGAAGGCAAAGGAGCUGGACAAAGCCGAGGAGGGUGCCCGGGCCUGGAAUGGCAGUGCCGAGGGUCCAGGCAAGGUGGAACGUGAGGACAGGGGUCCUGUGGCAUCAGGGAUCCCAGUGAGGAGCCAGGGGGCAGAGGGCCUGCUGGCCAGGAUCCACCAUGGAGGGGACCGAGGAGGGAGCCGCACAGCGCUGCCCAUACCCUGCCAGACCUUUCCCGCCUGCCACCGCAAUGGAGACUUCACGGGAGGCUACCGCCUGGGGCGCUCCGCCUCCACCUCCGGAGUCCGGCAGUCCGUGCUGCACACACCCCGGCCCAGCAGCCAGCCCAGGGACGCCCCGAGCCAGACCCCCGCCGCACUGCCGCUGCCGCUGCCCCUGCCGCCCCAGCCCGCCCGCGAGCGGGACGGCAAACUGCUGGAGGUGAUCGAACGCAAGCGCUGCGUCUGCAAGGAGAUCAAGGCGCGGCACCGGCCGGACCGAGGGCUGUGCAAGCAGGAGAGCAUGCCCAUCCUCCCCAGCUGGCGGCGGGGGCCCGAGCCCCGCAAGUCCGGCACCCCGCCCUGCCGCCGGCAGCACACCGUCCUCUGGGACACUGCCAUCUGAGGGGGCCAGGCGGGCACCUGGACUGGGGAGCGGGGCGGGGCGCGCCCGGUUUCUCCGGGGAGACUUGCCUUGAAAGAGACACUUGAAGGACUAGGUGAGAGAGCGCCAGGGGGACCCUCCUUGCCCUCCACCCUACCCCCAGAGACGGGGAGUCACCCAGGCCCGCUGAGCUUGGGGCGCCUGCUGCAGUACACUCAGAAAUCUGGGGGAAGGAGAAGGUUGCUGGGGGUUGGGAGCGAGGCACUCCGCUCUCCCGAUUGGGCGAGGUAGACCCCCUCUUCCGAGGCCAAAGGUCAGGCCAGAGUCCCUUUGGAGAGUGGGAAGGAGGGAAGGGCUAGGGAGGAGGAAGGGGGAUGAGUCAAAUGAGAGGGAGUAGCGAGCAAGAGGUAGUGGAGCUCUUUUAUAGAGUCAGGGAUGGGGAAGGGGUAUUUAUUUUGUUAUUUAUUUCAGUCAGGAGGACAAUUCUUGGUCCUUCUAACCUGCUUCUGAGCAGGGAGUGUAGAAUUGAGGCAAUUCAAGGGAACCAAGUUUGCCCUCUCCCCAGUACCUGAGAACCCCACCAUCUCUGCCCACCCCAAAGUUAGGGAACCAUCUGGCCUGGGGAACGGAGUGGACAAAGCGAGGGGCUCGGGAGCAGAGGGCAGCAGAUUAACUCACAGAGUUCGCAGUGUGCCAGGAUUUGGUAGUGAGCGUGGCCUCCUCUGAAACAGGCAUAUUAUUUAGCUCUGGGGUGAGAGUCUAGUGCCAGGGAUGGGCGGGAUGAUGGGGAAGGAGGGAAAUUUUAGUGGGUGGGGGGCGGGCCAGGGUAUUUAUUUAAAUUUUAAAAGAAGAAGAGAUGUCAGGAACUUUUUUUUAAUUCCUUUCUUUUCAGAAUAAUAUAUUAAAAGACUAAUGAUCCUA